UCUCUGAACAUUAACCAGGAGGUUUGGAUCUUCAUCGUCAGCUAUCGUUAUCAGCUACCAUGGCAGUGAACAUAACCUCCAUUAAAGCAUCUUCUGAUGGAGCAUGGCAAGGCAACAACCCUCUCAACUAUGCCAUCCCCCUCUUGAUCGUCCAGACCACCUUAGUUUUCCUCCUCAGCCGCUCCCUCGGCUUCCUCUUCAAGCCUCUCCGCCAACCCAAAGUCGUUGCCGAGAUUGUCGGUGGGAUUCUUCUGGGGCCAUCGGCCUUCGGCAGAAACAAGGAGUACAUGCGCAGGAUUUUCCCCUCAUGGAGUACUCCGAUUCUCGAGUCCGUAGCCAGUAUGGGCCUUCUCUUCUUCUUGUUUCUCGUCGGCCUCGAGCUCGACUUGCCCUCGAUUCGCCGAGGCGGGAGAAGGGCCUUCGCCAUAGCCGCCGGCGGAAUCUGCCUCCCUUUCUUGUCAGGAAUUGGUGUCGCCUUCGUCCUCCGGAAAGCCAUCGACGGCGCCGAUAAGGUUGGCUACGGCCAGUACUUGCUGUUCAUGGGCGUCGCUCUCUCCAUCACCGCCUUCCCGGUGCUCGCUCGCAUUCUCGCCGAACUGAAGUUACUUACUGCUCGCGUUGGGGAAACAGCCAUGGCGGCCGCCGCCUUCAACGACGUAGCCGCCUGGAUUCUGCUCGCCCUCGCUGUCGCCCUGGCCGGCAACGGCGGAAACGGGCCUCCAAAGAGCCCAUUGAUAUCGGUUUGGGUCCUCCUCUCCGGGGUGGGUUUCGUCAUCUUCAUGAUGGUCGCGAUCAGGCCCGCGAUGAAUUGGAUAUCUCGCCGGUGCUCGCCGGAACACGACACCAUCGAUGAGGCCUUCAUCUGUCUGACGCUCGCCGGAGUUAUGGUCUUCGGCUUCACGACCGAUCUGAUAGGCAUCCACUCCAUCUUCGGAGCGUUCGUCUUCGGCUUAACAAUUCCGAAAGGAGAGUUUGCAGAGAGAUUGAUGGAGAGAAUCGAAGAUUUCGUUUCCGGCUUGCUUCUUCCUCUUUACUUCGCUUCAAGCGGAUUGAAGACCAACGUGGCUAAGAUACGUGGCCUGGAGUCCUGGGGGCUGCUGGCUCUAGUAGUCACCACGGCCUGCGCCGGAAAAAUCUUCGGAACGUUCGCCGUCGCGAUGCUGUGCAUGAUUCCGGCGAGAGAGUCGAUGGCGCUGGGUGUACUGAUGAAUACCAAAGGGUUGGUGGAACUCAUCGUUCUCAACAUUGGGAAGGAGAAGAAGGUUUUAAAUGACGAGGUGUUUGCCAUAAUGGUGCUCAUGGCCCUGUUCACCACCUUCAUGACAACUCCUAUGGUAAUGGCCAUCUACCAGCCAGCCCGGGUAAUCUCCGGCCCAACUCACCACCAUCUGCAGUCCUCAUCCCCCACCUCGGAAAACCCCGACCAAGUGCUCCGUGUCCUGGCCUGCGUCCACUGCCCCGGCAAUAUCCCCUCCCUCAUCAACCUCAUUGAAUCGACUUGCUCCACCACCAAGUCCCGCCUCAAGCUCUACAUCCUCCACCUGGUCGAGCUCACCGAGCGCUCCUCCUCCAUCGCCCUCGCCCACCGUGCGGGAGAAAACGGCUUCCCUUUCAUCCACCGCAUCCGCCACCACAGUGAGUUGCACGACCGAGUCGCUGUGGCGUUCCGAGCCUAUGGGAAACUCGGCCGAGUUAGCGUCCGGCCUACUACCGCCAUGUCCCCACUGCCCACGAUGCAUGAGGAGGUCUGCCAUGUGGCGAAGGAGAAGCGGGCGGCGAUGAUCAUUUUGCCGUUCCACAAGCAGUGGCGGAAAGAGGAUGGCGGCGACGAGGUGGAGAACCUCGGCCACGGGUGGAGAAUGGUGAACCAGCGGGUAAUCAAGGAGGCGCCAUGCUCGGUGGCAGUGCUUGUGGACCGUGGAUUCGGAAGUGGGUCCCAUCAGACGCCUGGCCCCACUGCCACGGUGGCCCAAAUGGUUUGCAUCAUCUUCUUCGGCGGGCCCGACGACCGCCAAGCACUGGUGCUUGGCGGCCGGAUGGCAGAGCAUCCGGCGGUGGAAGUCACCAUGACCAGAUUCGUCGAGAAAGAGGGCAGCCAUGGCAACGGCGUCAUUUUACGGCCGUCACCCAACAAAUGUAGAGAGAACAACUACAGCUUCUCCACUGCCAUCAUGAACCGUGAGAAGGAGAAGUUGUGCCAGGAGGCGGACGAGAUGGCAGUGGCAGAUUUCCGACAGAAAUGGGAAGGAAUGGUGGAGUACGUAGAGAAGGCGGCGGCGGGGAACAUAGUGGAAGCGGUGGUAGAAAUAGGGCGGAGCGGGGAUUACGACCUGGUGGUGGUGGGGAAGGGGCGGUUUCCGUCAGCCACGGUAGCGAAGCUGGCCGACCGGGAGGCGGAGCACGCGGAGUUGGGGCCGAUUGGUGACGCGUUGGCGUCGCCGGGAAAAGGCAUCAUGGCAUCAGUGCUUGUGGUCCAACAACACGAUGUAGCCCACAACGAGGAGGCUCCAGUAUCGAAGAUUUUGAGCGCUCAGGAGAGCCCAAUAGCAACGGCCCAAGGCCCAUCGAGCUCAAUAGAAAUUCAGCAAGAUACGGCGUGACAGCAAAAUAUGAAAACUUUUAGGGGUGUAAUGUACUUUCAUAUGAUAUGUGGCCUGACAUGUAAUUUUUUUUUUUUGAAUUGGGCUUUCCAGAAGUUGAAUUAAAUAAACAAGUGA